AUGCCUGUCACGACUCGCUCUCGCGCCUCUUCGGCUGGCCCGUCCGACAUGGCAACUCCUCGCCGCUCCACUCGCAUCGCCUCGCGCACGCCGAGCGUCGCUGGCUCCGAUGCUGGCUCUGAUGCCGGUGACCGUCGCCGUGAUGGUGCCUCCAUGACUCCAGCCAAUGCCAGUCGCGUUGGCCGCCUCAUUACCACCCGCCCCGCCGGUUCUAGGGCUUAUGGCGCUUCUGGAUCUGAAGAUCGACUGUCCGAACCGCCCGAGAUGGCUGAAGCCCCCACUGUUCAGGAGGGUUUUGCCGCCACCUUCUCGAGGCACCGUGACAGAGCUCGUGUCUCUGUCCCUCGCACGCUUGCUGAGAACGACGAACACGUCAGGGUCCCCCCUACCAUUCCCGAAGCACGCGAGACUUCCUCCUCUUUCAAGAAGUCUAGCUCUGUUCGCACAGCCUCGCGCCGCUCAACCUCCAGCCACCAUUCGGGCUCCAACAGCAAGCGCAUCCCCAACCAGUCUGCUGCUCCCAAUGACGACGGCCAUGCGGUUUCCGGCAACACUCGCAUCCCCACUCACCCGGCCGCGGUCAACGACGCCGUCCCGGUUUCCAAUGUCAUCCACGUCCAGAGCCCGUCUGCCGCUCCCAACGACGAUAGCCGCCCCGUCACUCGCGAUACCAAUGAGAGCUCCGUCCUGCCCACCAGGAGCUGGAACGACCUCUAUGAGGCUGCUUUCGUUGGAUGGGCCAACUACAACCCCGCUUGGUACGAUGUCGCACGUCGCAUCAUGCGCAACUACCUGGCUCCUAUCAUCUCGGUCUUCACGGUCAUCUCGAAGUUCGCUGCCAUGGUCAUCGGCUUCCUCUCCACCAUCUUCUUCUUCUAUCUACUCCUCGAUGUGUCUUUCAAGAGCGUCUUCGACCGCAGCAACACCACCUCCGGCUUCAUGCGUGAGAGCUCCCUAAAAGUCAUCAGCGUCAUCACUGGCUUCGAUUCCGUCAACCAGCCCUUUCCGAUUAUCGGUGAACUCAGCAGGCUUGAUUACCUGAACAACAAGGUUGGCCAAAUCGACAAGGCGGUGGGAAUUGUCCAGGAGGAUAUCAUCUACCUUCACAGCAAGAUUCCUGAGUACGUCAUGCUCACUCAUAACCCAAAGACCGGUCGUACCGAGAUUCCUGGCGCCUUUUGGCACGCUCUUCGCGACAACUUGGCCAAAGAAGGCAUUGUCGCCGGCAACCGUGGCGACGCCCCGUCCUGGACCAACUUCUGGCAAAACAACAAGGCUCACAUGGACGCAUACUUGUCGGACGCAGUCGACGCCAAGCUCAAGGAUGCAAUCCAGAAGAACGCACCCGUUGACAGGGAAACGUUCAUCGGCAUGGUGCAGGACCAAUUCCAGCAUCUGGAAACCCGUGUUGCCGACAUGGAGUCGUCGUGGAACAGCAAACUGGACAACAAGAUCAAGGGCCUUCUCGCGGCCCUGCCAAAGGGCCAACUGGACACAAUGGCCAACAACUUGUUGUUGGAGAACGCCUGGACGGCUCUCCACGCCGUCAACUUCUUCUCCAGGAGCCUGGGGGCCGUCGUGGACCCUCAUCUCACCUCCCCCACCAUGGCCUCACGUGGCUUGGCCAGGAGAGCUCUCGAAAAGCUAACCUGGAUCCCCGGCGAUCUCCCGCCCGCCGCAGCUCUCGUGGGCUGGGAGGAGCCUACAGACUGCUGGUGCGCGGCGAGGUCUCCGGGGUCCGGGAAGGCGCAAAUCGGGGUCAUCAUGCCCCACAAGAUUGUGCCAGAGACUCUCCUGGUCGAGCACAUCCCUCGGGAUGGCACUCUCGACAUUGGAAGUGCUCCUCGGGGGAUGGAGGUCUGGGUAGAGGUGGAGGAUGAGGGGGGCCGGGCGGCCUUCCCGGCAAUAGAGGACAGGCCGGGGGAGAGGUUUGUUCGGGUGGGGAGCUUCGAGUACAGGGUUGACGCCUUGAACCAUGUUCAGGCGUUCAGCCUGAACUCGGAGCUCCUCACCCCGGUCAACAAGGUGGUGGUGAGGGUGACGGGGACCUGGGGCAGGGACUGGACCUGCUUGUACCGGCUGCGCAUGAAUGGCAGGCCGGUCGACGAGUUCAACGGGUACUCGGAGUAG